AUGGCAGAACGUGUUUCUAUCCAAUCCAUCAAAGACGGCGAUGGCCAAAACUUCCCUAAAUCUGGAGAUAGGGUACAGAUCCAUUACACUGGAUGGUUAGAACGCGUGAAUGGCACGAAAUUCGACUCGUCGGUUGAUCGUGGACGCCCUUUCGAGUGCCAAAUCGGUGUGAAGCAAGUCAUCCAGGCUUGGGACGAAGGCGUGAUGAGUUUAAGUUUGGGUCAAAAGGCUAUCCUAAAAUGCCCUCCUCAUACGGCCUAUGGAGAACAAGGUUAUAAACCAAUCAUACCCCCAAAUUCAACAUUGUUCUUUGAGGUCGAACUUUUGAAAAUAAAUUAA